UGAAUCAAAUCAAAUCACCCACAUAAAACCAAUUGUUCCAGUUUUACGUGUCGCCAUAUUUUUCAAUAAAUCCCACCAAAAUUUCUCUCACGCCCACUUUAAGUGCUUCUCCGGUUUCUCCCUUUCUCGAAACACCAUGAUGGCGGCCAGAGCAUCCAAGGCCUUCGUCUUCUUCGCCUUCCUCCUGGUUGUGCUUCCUGCUUUGGUUGUCUCAGAGUGUACAUGUGAAGAUGAAGACGAAGAUCGUGACAGAGACAAGGCUCUGAGGUACAAAAUAGCAGCCAUAGCUUCUAUACUAAUUGCGAGUGCUGUCGGAGUUUUGAUUCCGGUCAUAGGAAAGUUUGUGCCGGCUUUAAGUCCCGAGAAGGACGUCUUCUUCAUGGUCAAGGCGUUUGCCGCUGGCGUGAUAUUAGCCACCGGAUUCAUUCACGUCCUCCCUGAUGCCUUCGAAAACUUGACGUCUCCUUGCCUGAGCGAUCAUCCAUGGGGAGACUUUCCCUUCACUGGUUUUGUCGCCAUGUGUACGGCCAUGGGAACCCUAAUGGUGGACGCUUUCGCCACUGUGUAUUUCAAGAAACACCAUAUGAACAAUAAUGGCCCGAUUGAAGCCGGCAAUGAUGUAGACGAAGAGAAAAACUCAGCACAUGAUGGUCAUCUUCAUCUUCACACUCACGCCACUCAUGGCCAUGCCCAUGGAUCAUCUGAUUCUGCUUCAUCUCAGCUCCUUCGUCACAGAGUCAUAUCACAGGUAUUGGAGCUGGGGAUAAUAGUUCAUUCAGUGAUAAUUGGGAUAUCUUUGGGAGCAUCUGAGAGUCCCAAAACCAUAAGGCCUUUGGUUGCUGCCUUGACAUUUCAUCAAUUUUUUGAAGGCAUGGGUCUUGGAAGCUGUAUCACUCAGGCGAAAUUCAAGAACAAAACUAUUACAGUGAUGGCUUUGUUCUUUGCUCUGACGACUCCAGUAGGAAUAGCCAUUGGAAUAGGAAUUACGAAUGUGUAUGAUGAGAAUAGCCAGAAUGCUUUGAUCGUUGAAGGAAUAUUUAACGCAGCAUCGGCAGGAAUCUUAAUAUAUAUGGCACUUGUUGAUCUUUUGGCUGCAGAUUUUAUGACUGAUAGAAUGCAAAAUAGCAGUCGUCUUCAGAUUGGAUCAAAUUUAUCCUUACUUUUAGGUGCUGGUUUAAUGUCUCUUAUAGCUAAAUGGGCUUGACGUAGUACACUUCAUUACUUGUAAUUUUCAGUUGCUUAGCACGAAAGAAAAGUUUUUGUUCUUGUAAUUUUGAAGUCUUUGUUUUCCAUAGCCAGUUAUAAAUAAGUUGGAGAUAAGUUGUUCUAUUUGUAACAUAUUUAUUUGGAUAAA